AUGGAUCGGAACCCUGGAGCCAAGAAGGUUACAGGGACCCCGGCAACUGAUAAUUUAUUUCCAAGAUCUGUGAGAGAACAAUGGCUGCCGCAUUUUCCUGCACAUAUUUCUCACUUUUCAGGGGUAGCUGCUCCACUCACCAAAACAUGGAAGGGAAAGGGAUUUGCGCAAGAAUUUGAGUUGAACCCCGAGAUUAUUGCAUUGAAGGAUGAUGAUAUGUUAGAGGGAGUAGGCCCUAGUUCUUUUUCUGGGGCUAGCCAUCCACCAGAACCUGUUGAUACUGAUCUGAUGAGGCCUGUCUAUGUGGCAAUAGAUCAAAAGCAAUUGGACGGAGGUUUCUUGAAAAAACAACCGUCUAUGAAAGAUCCUUGCAUUGAAGAUCUUUCGAUCAUGGUUCCUGAUGUGAAGCUUGGUGCAGCUUCUGCUUCACCCAGAGAAAGCAUGGUUGAGCAUGAUGAAUCAGGUGCAGCAUCAUCUCCAUUCGUUGCCCCUUCUGGAUUGCAAGCUACAGACAGUCCUCUUUGUCUGCCAGAUUCGGAAGAAAAGGAAUGCAUAUGGGAUUCCUCACUACCGCCCAGUGGGAACGUCAGCCCUCUUAGCAGCAUCAACAGUGCUGGCAUUUUUACAGCUGCAAGUACUGUGAACAGCUGCUGCACAAGCAUAUGUAGAAGUGACGGCAUUACCAGUGAUGGUUUGCUUAGUAUGGAGAGAAACUGUGGAAGCACAAAAGGAAGCAGAAGAACGGAGUCAUUGGAAAGUGGGAAGACUAGUCUGAGCAGACGAAGUGAUAGCAGUGGCCUCAGUGAUGAUAGUAAUUGGAGCAAUUUUACUGGAAGUGCAAAUAAGCCUCACAAGGGCAAUGAUUUGAGAUGGAAGGCCAUUUUGGCCGUUCGCUCCAGGGAUGGCAUACUAGGAAUGGGUCACUUUCGGUUACUCAAGCGGCUGGGUUGUGGUGAUAUUGGUAGUGUGUAUCUUUCAGAGUUGAGCGGCACCAAGUGCCCCUUUGCAAUGAAGGUCAUGGACAAGGCUUCCCUUGCAAGCAGGAAGAAACUGAUGAGGGCUCAUACAGAGAGGGAGAUUCUUCAGCUGCUGGAUCACCCAUUCCUCCCAACUUUAUACACCCAUUUCGAGACCGAUAGGUUUACAUGUUUGGUGAUGGAGUUUUGCCCGGGGGGUGAUCUGCACACAUUGAGGCAACGGCAACCAGGGAAACAUUUCUCUGAGUAUGCAGCAAGGUGCGGUCAAAUUUAAUCUUUCUUUGAAAAAUAAUCGAAAAUAAUCGCAUCAAUAUAUUAAGGCAUACAAAACGAUCAACCAACGAGAUCUUCUUAAUUCUACCUUUUGGGGUCCCUCCCUCAUUUAAGUUUACUCGUGAUCAUCUUCUUGAAUUAAAUACCCUUAUUGGCUGUUUCGGUCAUGAAUCAUCUGUAACUUUCUGAUUUAUAUCAAACAUAUACUUUUCAUUGAUUGAUAUUAUACGUAAUAUCUUUGAGUUGACCGCUCAAAUCAUUAAAUUCUUUUUGCAAUUUCAAGAAAUAAAUUCCUCAGGCUUUAUGUGAUUUUAGCCUUCGAAUUCUUUCUAACCUGGGAAUGAUCUAACUGUCUUCUACAUAUUGUAUAGGCUUCUUUUAUUCAUCGAUAACUUACUGUUGUUUAAUAAAAUGUGUUUUAUUAAGUUAAUUUAUAUGGGAGAGAGAAGAUUGUGCCAGAUCUUAUGCCUUAGUUGACUCGAAUGAUUGAUGAUGGAAUCACUGGAUGCGCAGAGACCAACUCAUGGGAAAAUCAAAUGAGGGAUGGGUUGAAUGUGCACUCUACUUUUCCCAUGAUUUCCUCCGGACCAGUCAUUAUUAUCCUGAGGAUUCAAGAGAAAAGAAUUCAAAUAUCUAAUUUCAAAUCUUCAUAGAGGGAUAACAAGACAGCCCCCUGAACAUUUUGAUUUUGAGGAACCCUUUUGAACACUGAUGCGCCAAGUCUUCUGAGAUUUGGAGUUCUGGGAAUCUUUGGAACACAACAAGGAUCAUGAGUAAUGUGCAGGAUGCCAAAAUUGUUAUCAUACUUUCUUCUAACUGAUCAUGAAUAUUCUUAGAGGGUACUAGCUUGAUGAGUGGGAGUGAUGGUGAUACUCUUUUCCUCCACAUACGGCAUGUUGGUAACAGAUUUUGUUAUUUCUUUUCUGAAGACGUGUGUUGAGAAAUGUGGCCACCUUUCACCUUCCCUUUUGACCGACCACCUUUGUAACAGGUGCAAAUGUAAGCCUCAUUAUCCCAUGUUUAUUGCUCCAUUAUUUGUUUGAAUCGAGGCAUAAAUGACGUUUGAAGAGAUUUCCACCUGGUGUUUUGGUGUUUCUGCGUCAAUUCAUGCUUCUGCUAAACAGAAGCAGAGUUAACAGCUGUUUUCAAGGGAAAGUAGUGACCUUUUUCAUCUGUUUGUGAACAGAUUUUACGCAGCUGAGGUGCUCUUGGCUCUGGAAUAUCUCCACAUGCUGGGGGUGGUAUACAGGGACUUAAAGCCAGAGAAUGUUCUCGUCCGUGACGAUGGCCACAUAAUGCUCUCGGACUUCGAUCUGUCUCUGCGAUGCGCAGUGUCACCAACGCUGAUAAGGACCUCCGCACUCGCCUCCGACCCUGCGAAGCAAACCUCGGGGGCCUUCUGCGUUCAACCCGCCUGCAUGGAGCCCUCCUCGUCUGCCUGCAUCCGGCCCGCUUGCUUCAUGCCGAAGCUCUUCUCCCCGAAUAAGAACAGCAAGGGUGGAAGGAGAAGAAAACCUCGAGCGGAGCAGUCGGGAGGGCACUCUGCGACCCUGCUUGAGCUGGUGGCGGAGCCCACGGCGGCGCGAUCCAUGUCCUUCGUGGGGACCCACGAGUACCUCGCGCCGGAGAUCAUCAAAGGCGAGGGCCACGGCAGCGCGGUGGACUGGUGGACGUUCGGCAUCUUCCUCCACGAGCUCUUGUACGGCAAGACCCCGUUCAAGGGCUCCAGCAACCGGGCCACCCUGUUCAACGUGGUCGGGCAGCAGCUCAGAUUCCCAGAGUCGCCCGGCACCAGCUACUCCGGCAGGGACCUCAUCCGAGGCCUCCUGGUCAAGGAGCCCCAGCACCGGCUGGGCAUGAAGAGGGGGGCGACCGAGAUCAAGCAGCACCCGUUCUUCGAAGGAGUCAACUGGGCGCUGAUCCGUUGCAGCACCCCGCCGGAGAUCCCACGGCCGGCGGAGAUGGAGCUUCCUGGACGACUUGUUCUUGCUGGGGCCGCGGAUGCCGCGGCGGCGGCAGGUAGCAGCAGCAAGAGGAUGGCUGGAGGUGAUGCCAAGCCCGGCGGCAAGUACCUUGAUUUCGAGUUCUUCUAA